AUGAGUAUAGAAGUAAAACAACGUGUAUGUGGUAUUGUCGGUGGUUUGGCUUAUGUCUCAACAGCUGAUUAUUAUAAUCAAAUGAAUCAUUUGGUUGGUAAAUCGGCAUCUGGUCAUGGUAGUCGUAUUCAUAUUGUUUCACUUGAUUUUUUUCAUUAUAUGGAUUUACUUAAUAAAAGUCAAUGGUCUGAUGCAAUUGAAUUCCUUCUUGAAGGUGUUCACCAACUAGUUAAAAGUGGUAUUGAUUUUUUACUUGUUUGUUCAAAUACUGCUCAUAUGGCUGUACCAAGAAUUAUGGAAUGUUAUCCUGAUCUUGUUUUUCUUCAUAUAGGUGAUGCUAUCGCAUUUUCAAUUAAACAAAAAAAUUUUAAAAAAAUUGGAUUUUUUGGAACAAAAUUUUCGAUGGUAUCAAAUAGUUGUGUUAUUGAACGAUUAGUUCAACAUGGUCUAGAAAUUGUAUUUCCACAUCAAGAUGCUAUCGAACGUUUACAUCAAAUAAUUAUUGAUGAAUUAUCAAAUAAUAUUUUUACUGAAGAAUCAAAACAAUUCUAUAUAAAUACUAUACAACGUUUAUAUGAUGAAGAACAUGUUGAAGGAGUUAUUCUUGGUUGUACUGAAAUUCCACUACUUGUUAAACAAACUGAUAUACCUCAUAUACCUUUAUUUGAUUCAUCACAAUUACAUAUUGAAUUAGCUGUCGAUUAUCAACUUGGUCGAUGCGAUAUUGAAGCAUUUUUACCACAAAAAGUCAAUACAAAAUAA